AUGGCAAAAUCUUUAGGCCAUGUGAUCAAAUCCAACUUACCCACCAAACAUUUAGUAGGAGUCAAGAUCAACACCAAUUUUGUUGCCCUGCACCAGCAAUUUGCAGAUGACACUCUUCUCCUUGGGGCUGCUAAGGAUCCCCCCUCUAUAGGGACAAGCCCUAUUGCAAGAAAGAAUUCCGAAUGGUCUCCACCGAAUCAGGGGUGGCUAAAUCUUAACUUUGAUGGUGCCGCAAGAGGAAACCUAGGUGCUACUGGCAUAGGCUAUGUGAUCAGAGACCACAAAGUAAGAGAAGUAGACAGGAUUGCCAUGCCAUUACCCCCUGAUACCAACAAUAUUGUGGAAUUCAAAGCUCUUCAACUAGGCCUCAUAGAUUGCCUCAAUCAUGGAGUUAGGAAUAUAAUUAUUGAAGGGGAUUCUGCAAUUGCCAUUAAUGCAAUCAAGACAAAAAGCACCCCAAACUGGAGAUUGCAAGAUUUAUUGGAUAGCAUUCUCAAGAACCUAUCAAAACUGGAAAGCUUCAAUGCAAGGCAUGUAUAUAGGGAAGCUAAUACAGAAGCGGAUGCUUUGUCCGAAGUAGCUGCCGAGGGGGGGAAGAUUUAUUGGUGGGAGGACAACCUCUAUCCCUAUGGAUAA